UAUUUUAUUUUAAAAUUAAUAAAAAGAGUUGCUGCAGCUUUAACCAAGAUCCCUCCUUUCGCAGCAGAGAGGAGUUCUUCUUCUUCUUCUUAUCGAAAUCUUCAUCUCCUUUUGUCUGUUUUCAGCAUUUCCGCGUGUUUUCAUCGUAACCCAGUCCUGUAUUGAUUCGAUGGAAUAACAGAAACUCCCAAAUCUCUGUCCGGAAUUUCUUCCUACCGGCGGCCAGAUCGAUUCCUUUGGCGGCAGAAUCCGCAACUCCCCAGUUCGUAAAAUUUCGCGGGGGUUUCGGAUUUCUCCGGACACCAUCGACCAGAUCGAUCGAUAUCCAUUGCUGUAAACCCAUUUCCGAGGAAACCCACGAGGAAGACUACAAUGAAGAUGGCGGCGAAUGGCAGGUUGUUCACAAUAGGGCUCGUAACGUCAUGGUAUUCGUCGAACAUUGGAGUUCUGUUGCUGAACAAGUACUUGCUCAGCAACUAUGGCUUCAAGUACCCGAUCUUCCUCACCAUGUGCCACAUGACGGCGUGUUCGCUCCUCAGCUACAUCGCCAUUGCUUGGAUGAAGAUGGUCCCUAUGCAGACGAUCCGAUCCCGAGUCCAGUUCCUCAAGAUCUCGACGCUCAGCCUCGUUUUCUGUGUGUCGGUGGUCUUCGGGAACAUCUCCCUCCGGUUCCUACCUGUGUCGUUCAACCAGGCGAUCGGCGCCACGACGCCGUUCUUCACCGCCGUGUUCGCUUACCUGAUGACGCUGAAGAGGGAGGCAUGGUUGACUUACGUCACUCUCAUCCCCGUCGUCACCGGCGUUAUCAUUGCCAGUGGGGGUGAGCCAAGUUUCCACCUUUUCGGAUUCAUCAUGUGCAUUGCAGCUACAGCUGCAAGAGCGCUCAAAUCAGUGCUUCAAGGAAUUUUGCUUUCUUCUGAAGGGGAGAAGCUCAACUCCAUGAAUCUCCUCCUUUACAUGGCUCCCAUUGCUGUCGUGUUCCUUCUGCCGGCUACCCUUAUUAUGGAGAGAAAUGUUGUCAGCAUUACACUUGCUCUCGCAAGAGACGAUUUCCGAAUAAUUUGGUAUCUUCUGUUCAAUUCAGCCCUUGCGUAUUUCGUGAACUUGACCAAUUUCUUGGUCACCAAACACACCAGCGCCUUGACACUUCAGGUGCUAGGGAAUGCCAAAGGCGCGGUGGCAGUGGUGAUCUCGAUUCUAAUAUUCAGGAAUCCCGUCUCAGUGACUGGAAUGCUCGGUUACGCUCUCACGGUCUGUGGGGUGAUUCUUUACAGCGAAGCCAAGAAAAGAAGCAAAUGAAAAGAAAAAAACCGACACCUGAGUUCAUCAUUCCUCCAUAUACUUGACUCUCUUCAUUUCAUAUAUAUAUAUAUAUAUAUAGAUAUAUGUUUUUAUAUUUUCUUCAAUCUGGGAAAAAAAGGGGCAAGUCUCUUUGCUGUUGUGAGCAAAUCCUUACACAGCAUCCCCUUGCUCUUCUGCCUGUAAUGGAUGGGCGCCUCUCCUCUUAACAAAAAGGAAGCAACACCAGAAGCAGAGCACAGAGGAUGAUUGCCCAAAAAAAAAAAGAAUUUAGAGGAUCUCCAAAUAAGUGAUUCUUUUUCUUCUUCUUUGAUUCCCUUUGGAAUUCUCUGUUGUUUUGAUUGUAGGUUUGUUCUAAGGGUAAAGAGAGAUUUAGCCAUUUUGAUUCAUUACGUUUUGGGUUAAUUAAUUAAUGGAAAGGGCUAAGGAUUUUUUCUUUUUC